AAAGACCAAGACUAUUUUAUAAUAGUUAUAACUCUUGUGUGUGAACAUUUUCUACCAUAUAUUCUUUCCUUAAGUGGCUCCACAAAGCAAGUUUAGAGGCUUAGUUGUCUUGAUGCUUAAUGUGAAUUUUAACAAUAGAAUAUACUUGGUUCUCAAAUCAUAUUAAGCUACAUCAGAUAUGAAGCAAUUUGGUUAGAAAUCCCUGAUAAAGUGACAGCAGGAGGGGCAGAGUAUGAAAGCUCCAACCUGUUUCUAUGUGACUGCCAAGUGGUUUUAGCUUUCUCCGUCCUUGUAGUAUCUUGCAGAGUAAACAAAGAGUGGAGCAGAUAAGGCCAGCGAGUGAGAGGAGUAAUGCAAAGCAUCUAUUGAUUUAUUGAAGCGCGAUUGCCCAAUGGAUGUGCAACACAGAGAGGUUUUUCUGUUCGGGAAAUCAGAAGGCUGCUGGAGGAAGUAAUCAACACACCACACACCACAGCUCAGUCACAGCAACUGUGCCUGCAACUAUCAAAAGAUAAUGACGUCUUCAUUGCUUAUUUCAAACCUCACCGGGGAGUGGUUGGAGAGCCUGCGGCGGUGGCACCUGGAAUACUUUUUCAUCCCCACCACAGUGGUCACUGUUGCCACAUUGUUAGCCAACCCUGUUCUCGUGGCAUGCAUUUUUUUGUCCCGUGCUUUGCGUCAGGAGACGCGUUACCUGCUGGUGGCCAACACCCUGACAGCAGACAUGGUCUAUCUUGUCCUCAACAUGGUCACCAACAUCUGUAACACUAUGAGAGUUCAAAUCCCUUGGCUGGUUUGUGAGCUGGGCACAGCCAUUACUGUCACCUCCUACUGCUGUGCUAUCCUCACUGUCACCCUGAUGGUGGUCGACACCUACGCUGCUGUUCGCUGGCCUCUUCGUUAUCAUGAUGUUCUUCCACCUGCCCGCACCCACCGCAUAUUGGCGGGGGUGUGGGUGAUGGCUGCUUUGUACCCUUUAACCCUGCUUAUCAUGAGCGAGAUGGAGAAGGGGAAUCCCCAUGAGGUGGCCUUUUGUCUGGUCCUCAUCUCCCUCGGCUUCAUUCAGGCCAAUAACUGGAAGGGGAUCCACAUCUACUUCUUUGUAGCUGCACUUAUCUGUGCUUUACUCAUUUUUGUCUGCUACAUUCAGCUCUAUAUGGUAACAAGGACCCAUGGCAUCUGGCACAGUCGCUUCUCCAGGGCCCGGGUCACGCUGCUAGCUCACGGAGUUCUUCUCCUGCUCUACUUUGCCCCCGGCUUUGUUUUCACAAUGGAACUCUUCCUGUUCCAAGAGAAAGCCAUAAGUCAGGAUGUUCGUGUGUGGAUCAGCACUGUCAAUAUGUGUGUUUUCAUGUUGCUGCCCAGGGUGUUUGCUCCAUACCUGUAUGGGCUGAGGUACAGAGAGAUCUCUGACACUUUGAUGCAGCUGCUGCACCAGCACCGAAGACUUGGCCAGACCACAGUUUCCUGAAGACAUCACAAACUGUACAUUUUUCAAGUUCUCUAAUGGAAUUAGUUUUGAUAUUCAUAUUAAACAGUUUUUUCUAUUCCCACACAACAAACAAAGAUGUGUUUGCAAAGGGAAGUAGCCAGUAUUAAUCUAAUUUUCCUCAGUGCAUUUCUUAUUUAUUUUGAAUAGCCUGCAUUUUUUCCAAAUGUCCUAUAUUCAUUCAACAUAUAUAGAUUGUUGGUGCAAAUUGUCUUCUGUUUCAAAACAAUCAACAUUCCAAACAAUGUCAUUCUUGUAGAAAAACACAAUAAUUCCUUCAUUUUAUCCGAGUUUUUGACAAAAGUAGUCAAACAAUUAGAACAUAAUCUCUUCCUCAGCUUGUUAAAAUCCCCACAUCCACAAAAACAUUACAUGAGCUAAAGUCCUGGUGGUUCCCCUGUCCAUGUUUUCUAUCACUUUAACUAAACCAGCCCCUCUUCACUCAAAAAUAUAUAUUAUGGCUACACUAGAAUUGUAAACUGGAAACCCAACAUUACUGCUGUUUGGAUCAGAAUAAAACAAUGCUGACCUCCGUUGUUUUAAAUU